AAUGAAAUCCGAAGCGCUAUUUUGAUGCGUAUUUUGAAUCGACAGAAACGGCUGCGCGAGACUCAAGCUUGGAUCCGACACGUCUUUCUCCCACUACGCAAACUAUUAAAACUGGUACUGUUUGCACCCUACGAUGAGGAAGAGUGAGGUGCUUGCUGCAGAGGCAGUGUCAUGCCUCAAUAAAGCCCUGUGCCACCUGAAGGACAUUUGGGAGGAGAUUGGCAUCCCAGAGGAACAGAGACUGGAGAGAACAAAUGUGGUCAAAACUCACAUCAAAGGUCUUCUGGACAUGAUGAUUGCAGAAGAGGAGAGUCUGAGGAAGCGUUUGAUGACCAGUAUGGACACCUGUCGUAAAGAGCUAAAUAAAGUGUGCUUGGAGCUGCAGCUUCCUCCGUAUCAGGAGGAGAGGGCAAACACAAUGCUUCAACAAGAGAAAGAUAUACGAACCUGUCUUGAAGUUAUGUUGAAACAGAAAGGUCAGAGAAUGCAGACGCUUAAAACCCUCAUCGAGCAGGAUCAGGACCUCUGUGACAUUCUCUGCUCGGAGCCGUUCUCUAUCUCUGCAAGCGCAGUUCCUUCCCUGGAGCAACUCGAACGCUUCCGACAACACAUUGCACAACUGGUGGCCGAAAAGGAACAAAGACACAUCAAGUUUGUUGCGCUGAAGAAAAAGAUAAUACUUUGUAUGGAUGAUCUGGAUCAGCUGCCUGAGAGUAGUUUUGAAAAGGAUCUUGUCUGCGAGGACGAAGAGGCUUUUUGUCUCUCCAAAGACAACAUUGACUCCCUUAAGGUCCUCCUUCACGAGCUUGAGAGCAGGAAAGCUGAGAACGAGCGUAUUUGUGGGUCAUAUCGAGAAAAGAUCCAGGAGCUAUGGGACAGGUUGCACAUCUCACAGGAGGAACGUGAUGCUAUUGCUGAGCACAUGACCAUGUCCAAGAAGAGGAACAUGGAAGCUUUGCAAGCUGAAGUUCAACGUCUUGAGGAAUUGAAGCUUAGAAACAUUCAGGAUCUUACAAAGGCUAUUCGAGAGGAAAUUACGGUGGUCUGGGAUAAAUGCUUCUACAGCACCGAUCAGCGCCAGGCUUUUCUGCCCUUCUAUGAUGAUAAUUUUAGUGAAGAACUUCUGAACUUUCAUGAAUCUGAGAUUCAGCGCCUAAAACAGCAUUAUGAAGAUCACAAAGAACUUUUUGAAGGUGUUCACAAAUGGGAGGAGAGUUGGAGGCUUUUCUUGGAGCUUGAAAAAAAAGCCACAGAUCCAUCCAGAUUUACCAACAGAGGAGGAAACCUUUUAAAGGAGGAGAAACAACGAUCAGACCUACACAAAGGUCUCCCUAAGCUUGAAAAGAAGCUGAAAGCCCAGAUCGAGCAGUGGGAGCAGGAACAAGGCAGAGAAUUUCUGGUCCAGGGUCAGAAGUUCAUGCAGUUUGUUUCUGAGCAGUGGGAACUCUAUUGUCUGGAGAAGGAGCGGGAAAAGCAGGAACGGCAAUUGAAAAAGAGCAAACAGACAGAGGAGGACAUGCUGUAUGGCACAGCUGUACGGUCACCAAGUAAACGAAGAUUUUUGGGCAGUAUGACGCCUUGCAAGGCACGAAAGCUAAACGCUACUUCCAGCACUUCCACUGGCGCCUCUAACAGCACUAUGCGCUCUGUAUUUUGUGGAACUGUCUGCCACUCGCCCGUGUCCCGCCCUCCAAUAUCAGCCAGCAAGGGUAAUUCCUUGAAAACCCCGGUUCGAGGGAAACCUCCUCAUCAAGGCCUGGCAGAACGUAAUAAGGAGAAUGUCUGUCAUCUUGCGUAUGGUACAGGUGGUGUGUUGAAGACUCCAGCUAGCCCACAGCGCAACUUCAGCAUCAACUCUGUUGCCAGCACCUAUUCUGAGUUUGCGGAAAUAGUCAACGUUGAGUCCAUUCAAUCAAGGUUUGUUUAAAUAUGAGCAUUUAUUAUAAGUGCAUGCUUACUUUAACACACUUGCUACAGCUCAGUGACUUUCAGUGAUUUUCCUAUAAGCUGAACUCUAUGAAUUUGUUAGGAGAUUGUUGUAUUUUAUUUUUGACAAAUUGUUGAAUAAAAUCUAAAGAAAAUUAAUUCUAAAACGAAUUACCUAGCAUGUUAAUUUGAGGAGUUUAAUAAUGAAAGAAUUCAGUUAUGAACAUUAUUCUGUAGUGCGUUGAAGCGUGUUAUUUUAUUAUCAUUGAUGUUUGUCUGUUAUCCCACUUUUUGAACCCUUGUCUGCUCAUUCAGCUGAACUGUCACACACGCCCUCUUUCACUCAGUGUAACCUCUAACCCAGUUUUUUGAGCUGCGUAGACUGUGUGUGUCUCUUGAACCUUCUUUUCACUUUGCCAUAUCUUUGACCGGAUUUUAACUUUUAACUCUGUCACCAUCAAAUAUCCCCUGCAAUCUGUCAAUACAUUAGGUCAGAGUACCAUCGCAUACAGCAAAAUUAGAUUGAAGAAAAUGGAGUGUAUUUUUAUAUAUAUA